ACUUGUCUAAAAAAAGAAAAUACGAAAACUAAUCAUACUGAAAAUUUUCUCAAUGAAAAUAGUCAGAAAAUAUUUUAUUUAAACCACAGGAAUCAUUUUAUUUAAAGAAAACAUAUUAGUAAAUAAUACUUAUAUUGAAAUGACAGUGUCAUAUCAGGCGCAAGUUGCGACCAGCAAUUUUAAUUGCUUUCUAAAACUUUUAGCACGUUGGCGUGGUAGCAUUUAUAAAAUUAUUUGGAUGGAUUUAGCUGCCUUUCUGGUAUUAUAUUAUGCGCUGGGUAUUACUUAUCGUUUUUUGAUGGGACCGGAGCAACAACGCCUCUUUGAACUGCUCGUCCAUUACUGCCACAGCUCGAGCACGCUUAUACCGCUUUCGUUUGUACUCGGCUUCUAUAUUGUCGUCGUCAUGCAACGCUGGUGGACGCAAUACAUUACCGUGCCUUGGCCUGAUCCACUCGCCGUCUAUGUGAGCACGCUCUUUGUGGGACAGGAUGAGCGUGGACGUAUAAUGCGUCGCACCGUUAUGCGCUAUGUCUGCCUCUGUUUAACCAUGAUCUUUACAAUGGUAGCGCCAAGUGUUAAGAAACGGUUUCCCACAAUGGAUUCCCUCGUAGAUGCCGGUCUGCUGACAGAGAAUGAGAAGGAUGUGCUCAUAGCUAUGGAUGAAAAGUCACCGAAGCAUCGCAAACAUUGGGUACCACUCGUGUGGGCCGCCAGCAUUGUAUCACGCGCACGCAAAGAGGGUCGCAUACGUGAUGAUGUUGCGCUGAAAACUAUUUUCGAUCAGUUGGAUACGUUUCGUAAUAAAUGCGCCGUUAUAUUGCAUUUCGAUUCGGUGCCGAUACCUUUGGUUUAUACACAAGUGGUAACGCUGGCGGUGUAUUCGUACUUCUUGGCGGCACUCAUUGGUCAACAGUGGAUGCCCAGGGAGGCGGACCCUGACGGACAUUACGAUUGGGUUGACUAUUAUUUUCCUAUCUUCACAACGUUGCAAUUCUUCUUCUAUAUGGGUUGGCUGAAGGUAGCGGAGUCGCUGUUGAAUCCGUUUGGCGAUGACGAUGAUGACUUUGAGGUCAACUGGAUGAUCGAUAGGAAUUUGCAAGUUUCCUAUUUCAUUGUCGAUGAAAUGCAUCAUGAGCAUCCCGAAUUGGUGAAAGAUCAGUACUGGGAUGAAGUUUUGCCUGGCGGUCUGCCUUAUCCAGAGGAUUAUCAUAAAGUCACCACCGAUUUUACUGACGUCGGAAAGUCGGAUGGGGCCGCACAUUUCGUUUGGAAGCGGCGCGACAAUAUGGCCACCAACUCCAGCAUGCAUAGCAGCGUCUCACGCAUCAAUGCGGUAUUGAAGCGUCUAAUUAGCAAAGAGGAUACACAAACCACUAUCAGUCGCUUGCGACUCUCAACAAGCUCCGGUUCGCUGGAGGAACACAUACCACGUUCUACUUCGGAUUAUGAAAGGCACUUAGCCACAAAUAAAUAUUCAGGUGCGGCGCGCCUCUCGUGGCAGACCGAUAUUGGUGCAGGCGUCGAGUCGAAAAGCACACACUUCCCACCCGAUCAGUUGCGUUCGCAAUCGAGCACUGCUAAAUCGCUCACGUACGAGGAUGAGGGUGCGGAUGAGCGUGAAAAGGACGAUUUCGAUUUGUUGCGUGAAGAGCGUGAACGCCAGCGGCAGGAACGACAACGUCAGCGUAUUAUGCAAAAUGUUUAUACCGCCACAAGCGCCACAGCUGACCUCUUGCCGGUUUUGAUUGCAUCGGGUUUGAAUUUAGCAGCGCCACCGACUAUACCGAUACCAACGCAUGUGCUGCAACCGAAGUCCAGUGAUCAUCGCAGCGGCACGCCGAGCGCCAAAAGUAGCAGCAGCAGUGUGGCAGGUAGUAAGACGGUGGUCAAUGGAGAGGCAGAGGCGAAGAAAAAGCGCGAUGAGACUGACAAGCAGGAAAAAUAAGCCGUUUAUUGAACGUUUAUUCUUUGUUGUGUGUUUAUAUUUUUAAUUCGAGUUCUAUUCCAGUUAUUUACAUUUAUUUAU